CCAGGGGAGUCCAUUUUCCUCCACAGUCCUCCCCGAGACGCCCAGAUCACCUCGGUGCUCCACGGAGCGGACAGAGAGAGCCAGCCAGAGCCGCGCCUCUCUUCUUUCUCUUCUCUCAGCUUGUAGAUGUGUCACAAACACACAGCAGCACACAGCAGCAGCACCGCACAGCCUGUGAGACUCUCAGCCCGACCCAACCACAGCCAGUGCAGCCUGCUCGGCUCACAAGGGAAAGUCCGGUGAUCUGCUGUUUAUGGAUAUGAGAUGCAUGUGACCAUGUUGUCGCUGUAAGAUGAGUUUGCUAGCGGCAUGUGGUUCCAUUGGGACCUUGCAGGGAUAUCUCGUUCGGUAAGGCAUGACACUUUCUACUUGACAAAAUACAUCUCACAGGAGGAGGUGGUGGCUGGCUUGGCACAGAACAACAGCGCUGAAUUUGGAUAUGAGCUAAAAGUUUGCAAACCUUAUAAGAUGUUUGGGAUCUACGUUGAGUGUUUAAGUUUAGUGUAAUUUUUGUCAUUAUGUGUGUAGACUGAACGGGAGCUUAUUCUCUUCACCGAGGAUAUCUCUCAGUCUGCGCUAUGAUCUGGACCAUGCGGACUCUGAUGCUGAGGACACUGUUUGUGUUGUUGGGGAAUGCACAUGUCUUAUCUCUCAGAAAUAAUGGCGACAUACGAACUAGAGAAACAGUGGGGGGUUAUUAUGGGCUUAACGCCACAGCAACACACAGGACCGCUCACACAGCAAUCGGAGAGGGUCCCCAAAACACAGCUUAUGACAGCACUCGCUCCGGGGGACAUGCUACAGGUACGUCCUACUCCAAACAGACUCUUCAAACAUGGAUGGAACAUAUUCAUUCUACUUCUGUGAGAAGGACGCGCGUAAUUGCGGAUGAAACAAAACAUAGACAUGUAGGAUUAAAACAACACCACUCAAACAGAACACUGACGCUGGGGUAUUCCUCCGCGACCCCGCACAGGGACCUGACGCGCCGCCACAAGAGGAGAAAGUUGAAUAGUGAGAUUGGCGCGGCCGCUGUCAUGGGGACGGCAGGUGGAUACCAUACCACUAAGCCCACAGCAAUGGGCCAGCAGCGCGGGGGACUACUGGACAGCGACAGACGCAAGAGAGGCACAAAAGAGGAGCAGAAGAAGGCGUUUAAGAGGGAGAGGGGGACAAAAGUGUUGAACAAAAGCUCAAUGGCUUUAUCUCAGGCGCAGAGCGCAGUGGACGGGCUGGGCCCCCCUCUAUCUCCAUGGGAACCAAUACCCAAGCCCCUAGCUCUCACCUCUACCGACCUACCGCUCGACUUCUUCACCAGGAAAAACGAGAUGUUUACUUACCGGGAGGAAAACCCGUGGGAUGCCACUCCAAUGACCCCUCCCAACACAGCAGAUUUUGGAAGCGAAAUCAGAAACCCAUUUUACCCUGUGACAAGUGAAACAUUUGGAGCUUAUGCUAUCACAGGCGUUUCUGCUAUCAUUUUCCUCGCAGGGAUAGCAGGGAACAUAGCCAUACUGUGCAUCGUGUGUCAGAACUACUAUAUGAAGAGCAUCUCCAACUCUCUCAUAGCUAACCUGGCCAUCUGGGAUUUUGUGGUUGUUUUCUUUUGUCUGCCCCUCGUCAUUUUCCAUGAAUUGACUAAGUCCUGGCUACUGGGAGAAUUCACGUGUAAAAUCGUGCCAUAUCUGGAGGUAUUCUAUUAUGUUCUAUUAUAUUUUAUUAGAUUCUAUGACAUAUUUUCUCCUCAUAUUGGUGGAAGAUGGGGCAUGGGGCAUCUGAACAUUUCUCUUUGCAUAGGCACAAUUUCAAAUAGUAUUGCAUUGUCUAUUACACAUUUAUAAUACAGUAUUGUUAUAUUCAGGACAAGUUGUGAUAGAAAGCCUAUCACAGUGAACAUGACACUAAUCCAUUUCACCCUAACAUGGGAUUAGCCCUCAUAGGCACAAUAAUAAACAAAAGACGAGUUCCCACCAAGCUCAGAUGUUACCUCAGCUCAUUAUGACACCCAGUGUGACACUGCUACAUACACCUGCUGGAGAGAAGUGGCCUUCCUCCCUCCACCCUCCCCUCAUGACACCCACACACUAAAUCCUUCCCUCUAUCUCUCCCUCUUUUUCUCCCACUUCUGUGUGUGUGUCUCUCUCUCUCUCUCUCUCUCUCUCUCUCUCUCUGUCUGCCUCUCUCUCUCUCUCUCUCUCUCUCACGCACACAACUCUGUAUCUAUCUACUAUGAUAGCUCUGUCUUUCUCACCUACACAUACAAAGGGCCUAAGUAAGUCACAAACUCCACACCCAGUUUAUAGCCAUCUUACUUUACCCUGGGUAUCAGUGUGAUGCAAUGCUCAACCUGUGUGUGAGCAGUCAUGCCUUUCCUUUGUAAGGCCAUUGGGUUAAAUCCAGUUUCAUUCUCCCACAACUCCUAAUCUCAUUGUACAGAAGAAGGUGUCAGUAGACUGUCUGGCUAGUGUGUGUGUGUGUGUGUGUGUGUGUGUGUGUGUGUGUGUGUGUGUGUGUGGUGUGUGUGUGUGGUGUGUGUGUGUGUGUGUGUGUGGAGGUUGGAGUCUGUGCGUGUGGGUGAGUGCGUGCAGGCCCGUUUGUGAAUUUUAGGCAUGCAUGCCCAUGAGUCCAUGCAUGCAUCAGUGCAUGCAUGUGUGUCGUCCGGCCUUGCGUGUGCAUGUGUGUGUCUGUGCGUGUCCUCAGCCCUGUGUGUCCUCAACCCUGUGUGUCCUCAGCCCUGUGUGUCCUCAGCCCAGUGCAGUGCUGAGCUGAUCCACUGUGACUGUAUGUGGGUUAAGUGGGGAGUAAAGUCGCUCCGUGGGCAGGAUGUGUGAGAGAACAGUCCACUGGGAGGAGAGGAAGCCUCGGGCUGUAUUGCCCACUGAUUCAUGACACACACCCACACACAGAUGUGUGUGCAGACACAAUUAGACAGACUCACAGACGAAGACACGUAUGCACAUACAUGACCACACAGACACGCACACAUACACAUGCAUAAACCCAUAUUCCAAUCCCCAGAGCCCAGACAGUAGAUAUGAGCCCAGCUACAAUGGUGAUGAUAAUGCAUUAGAUACAGACAGCUAGGAGAGGAGGCAUGGACAGUCCCUCUGAAACUGAUGGGAGGACCUCUCUGUGUUGUGUGUACUGAAUGUGUGUGCGUGGCUUCUGUAGCCUGCUCGUGUGUGUGUGAGUAUGUGUAUGGAAUCAAGUCUCCAGUGAUGUGCAGAGCUCUAAGGAGAGAGGCUGAGUGGAAGAGGCCCUUAUGGGUUAUGAGUGCUGUUAUGUGAAUCGUGUCCAUGGCUAAUGUCUGUAGUGUAGGCUAUAGCAACAGCCGCAGCCAGUAGUGAAUAGUAAAGAUAUUGCUUCUAUAAGUUCAGUGAGAACAGUGAGGCUCAGAUAGGCAUAGAGGGGUUCUCUCCAGCAGCUUUGUCCAUUCUCAGACAGAGAGAUACUGGGAGGCUGAGGUGCUGCUGUCUGCAGUGAGAUAAACUCAUCCCAGUCUGCUGCAGGGAAUAGACAUUCUACGGGGAGCCAUUCAGAUCAGAGGUGGAGGACUGCAUUGUGCUGGGAUUGGUGUUAAUAGCUAGACAUUCAUCACCCUGACACCCAUGUACGUGGGCGCACACAUGCAUAGGCUCAAUCGCUCUCACUUAUGGACACACAUGCACAGAAUCUCAAACACACACUAAAUCUCACAACACAACCUAGACGCGCUGGUCUCUCUCUUCUCUCCGCGGAGAGAGAGAGCUCUAGAGAGGAGAGAGAGGCGAAGAAGAGCAGAGAGAGAGGGAGAGCGCUCUCUCUCUGAGCUCUCUCUCUCUCUCUCUCGUCUCUGCCUCUCGUCUUAUCUCUCUCUCUCUCGCUCUCUCUCUCUCUCUUUCUCUCUCUCUCUCUCUCACACACAAAUACAUGCUCACCUACACAUGCAGAAACUCUCUCUCACACACACACUCACACACGGUAGCAGGGCGUGCUGAGAUUCCAGAUGGGUGGGAUGGCCUGCCCUCCACUGAUCGUUACCCACGGCGAUCCUCUCUCUGCACAUGCUCACUGUGAUUAGGGGAAGGACUCUCACACACACAUACACACACACACACUCCCACAUACACAUAUACACUUCUUCCAACACACACACACACACCACUCCACCCAACAGCAGAUUGUCUGGCCCUCUAUUACUCAUUACUCAUGCGGUCUGAUGGGCACAUACAUGAUGUUAAUUGGAAUAUACUGUAUGUUAAUGAUUCAGUGUAUAUAAUUAGUGUUUGUAAAUAAUGGAUGAUGGGUGAUACUUAUCCCAUUCAGGCUCUUUGUUAGCUAGAGGAUGAGAAUAUGUUUAGUUUGCUGAGAGAUAGACCACAUAGAUACAUAACAACAUCACAACCCAGAGAGAAUCAAACUAAAUUAACAAAAUGACUCAUUAUAGAAGCAAAACUCAAAUAUUGACUUAUUUAUAAUUGUGUGAAUCAUGCGUAGGCAUGGCCAGUGUAGAAUAGGAUAUAACUGUAUUGUCCACUUGAAGCUACAUCAUGGAGUCUUAAGAGUAAUAACUCCAGGUGCUCAGGUCCAGAUUUACCCUGUCUGCCAGCCUGUCUCUGUGAUGAUCCAAUCCCUGACUGUACAGAGAGACUGAUGAUCCCUGUGGCAGAGUGGCAGCCAGGGCCUAGGCUUCUUCUGUUGGAGUUAUGGUCUGGGGAAGGAGGGAGAGAGGGAGGGAGAGAGGGAGGGUCAGACGCAGUCAGCCUGUAACAGUCAGCUUAUUAAUACGCUCAGUGUGUGUGUGCGUGUGUGUGUGUUUCUGUGUCUGUGUGUGUAUAUGUGUGUGUGCAUUCGUGAGCAUUACCCCAUUUAUCAAUAGAUAAGAGUCAUUACCAUGACAGACCACUCAGGAUCCAACAUGGCCGCCCGCCGCGGGUCCCCCAGUCACUCAGUCGCCAUUCAACUCCAAUUAAUACAUGGGUUUUGAAGGCAACUGCUCAGAGGAGCUUACUCAGGGAAUUAUUAAACCAGCAACAGGGGAAAUAUCUCUAUUACCUGCUGUACAAUACAAGUAACUGAGACAGAGACAAUGGUGCUGUACAGACUGCCAUCAGCAUGGCCACAGACAAGGCAGACAUGACAGGGGUCAGGUACACAGAGAAGGGAUCUGCCAAAUUGGCCCAUUAAUCAUUAUGAAGCUGUCAGGCUGUUGUAUGAAUAAUUAGGCCUAGUGAUAGGAAUAAUCUCGCACUCACACACAAACACACACUCAGCUUUCAGUUAAGCAGCGUUAGCACCACACUAGCUCCAGCACCAUGGCCAUUGGCCCAUGCACAUAUCUUUGAUCUACAUAUCUGUACAAAGCUGGGCUUGUCCUAGUCUGCCCCCUUCGCUCUCUCCUGCUCUGUGAGAUCUGAUCAAAGAAUUCACCCGGUCUGUGUGUCAGUGUUUAGUUUGACUUGUCUUGAGCCCAGUGUUCAGGCUAUGAAAUAUUCACCAUGUUGGCACCUGUCUGAGUGUACAAAGCAGAGUAGGGCUCGAAGACAGUAACCUGGCACACAGAGGCGAUGGUGCAUGGUUGGCCAGGAUGCAGGAAGCCCUCUCUAGCUGUAUUUAAAGCAACCAAUCACACUGUACGACCAGCACAGGCUGAAGGUCAUCAAUAGUCACCAUGGAAGAGGGAUCUUGUUUACAAGAUAUGAACCAAGUUUUUGGUUAAAUCAAUUUUUCACCAAAUUUUUUUUUUUUUUUGCCAGUUUUACUGUUUUCAGUAUUAACAUGAAAAAAAUUAUGUUAUGCUCCUUUGAAGUAUACAUGAGUAAAUACCAGGUGCAAGGUAUUAAACAUGUCUUAUAAAAGGAUUAGAAAUACCUGCACACUGUCAUACACCUCUUUGAAGUCUACAGGAGCAUACUGUACAAUAGCAUGCAGGUCUCUCUAAUGGCUGACCCAGUGUUGUUCUCAUUUGGCUCUACUUCAUUAGAACAGGAGCAGCUUUGGCAGAGAUCCAUAGUUCAUGUGUGGUUCUCCUCUCUAUCUCUAUCUCUGCAGGAUGUUGCUGUUUCUAAGGCUGUAGCCUCUGUGGCCUCCCAGGGAUGUCUGGGAAACACUAGUCUAAUUAACAGAUAGAGAGAAGAAGAGAGGAAGAGAGAGGGGAAGGAGAGAGAGCGAGAGAGAGAGAAAUCUCCACAGCUUUACUGUUUAUGUAGUAAACUACAGCAGCAAUAAUCACAGAGCAGGACCAUACAGACUAUAGCAGUUGGGUCUGGGUCUGGCUACAGUUAGUUUUCCCUGUAGUAACUGCAGUCAAAGUGAUUCCAGCUGGAGAGGAAUGUGUUCCAGGUUCCUUGCUGUGCGUUAGUCUUUCAGACUCGAACCAAUGCAGAGCAGAGACUUGGUUCUGAAUGAUGUGUUUUCUAAGCUUUGAGAGGCUUAGAAUUUGGCAUCUUUUUCAGUUUAAUUCAUUCUUUCAAUUCAAGGAAUGACUGUACAAUCCUCUGUCAGAUUUCUAAGAAUUGUGUUGUCAUCUUUGUGAAAGUAAAACUAAAAAGAUCUAUUUGGUGUGUACUGUCAGAUGACUCAACAUUCUGAUAAACCAUUUGUCUUUGUGAUAAACCAUUUGAUAAACCAUUAACCAUUUCUCCAUGUAUUUGUCCCCAGGUGGCAUCUCUAGGUGUGACCACCUUCACCCUGUGCGCUCUGUGCAUUGACCGGUUCCGUGCGGCCACCAACGUCCAGAUGUACUAUGAGAUGAUUGAGAACUGCACCUCCACUACAGCCAAGCUCGCCGUCAUCUGGAUCGGAGCGCUCCUGUUGGCUCUCCCUGAGCUCCUGAUCCGCCAGCUGGUCACAGAGGACCCCGCCCUCCCGGAUGACCCCCCAACGGAGCGCUGUGUGGUGCGCAUCUCGACGUCGCUCCCGGAUACGCUCUACGUCCUGGGUCUAACCUACGAGGGCGCGCGGCUCUGGUGGUGCUUCGGCUGUUACUUCUGCCUCCCUACGCUCUUCACCAUCGGCUGUUCCCUCGUCACCGCCCGCAAGAUCCGCCGCGCCGAGCAGGCCUCCGUCCGCGGCAACAAGAAGCAGAUACGCCUAGAAAGCCAGAUGAACUGUACCGUUGUGGCGCUCGCCAUCGUCUACGGCGCCUGCGUGGUCCCAGAGAACAUCUGUAACAUCGUAUCGGCAUACAUGGCGGCGGGCGUGCCGGAGAGGACCAUGGCGGUCUUACACCUCCUGUCACAGCUGUUGUUGUUCUGCCGGGCGGCAGUGACGCCAGUGUUGCUCCUAUUGUUAUGUCGCCCGCUAGGCAGGGCCUUUCUGGACUGUUGUUGUUGCUGCUGCUGUAACCAUACCCACUCCUCAGGCACGGCUAGUGAUGAUAAUGAACAUGAGUGUACCACAGAGCUGGAGCUGUCGCCCUUCAGCACCAUACGCAGAGAGCUCAGCAACUACACUCCCGCAGGGUCCAACUGUUAAAACCACACAACUACUGUUAAAGGUCCAGUGCAGUAAAAAAUUGUUUUAUGUUCAGUGUAUAUUUCCACACUAUGAGGUUGGAAUAAUACUUUGAAUUGUGAAAAUUAUGAUAAUGCCCCUUUAGUGUAAGUUUGAUAAGACCGCCUGAAAUUUCAGCCUGUUUUGGUGGGAGUUUUGGCCUGCCUGGUGACAUCAUCAGGCAGUAAAUUAGUUAAUAGACCAAUAAGAAAGAGAGUUACAAACUUCUCUGCCAAAAACAGCUAGUUUUCAAUUUUCCCCUCCCCAGUCAGACCACUCCCAGACAAUCCUAGGAAAAGUGUUACCCAGAAAUGAUUUGAUAUUGAGAUAAAAACAGCUGCAUUGGACCUUUAAUGACUACACAACUACACACCUGCAGGACUAUACAAACAUGCUAGUACACAGAACUGUACAACAUCACACCUGCAGAGUCAAACUGCUGUGA